UCAGUCCACUGACUGUCGCCUACAAUAAAUUAGGCUGAGUCUAAAAGAAAUCAGUCUGCAUAGAAAGACCAACAACCAGCACCACUUCCUUGCUUUUUCCAGCUAUGAAUACUUCCAGUCGGAAUGUGUUUGAGACGUUGAUCAGGGUGUUGACAGAAAGUAUGCUCAAACAUCUUCGGAAAUGGGUCGUCACUCGCUUUUUUGGGCAUUCUCGGCAAAGAGCAAGGCUAGUCUCCAAAGAUGGAAGGUGCAACAUAGAAUUUGGCAAUGUGGAGGCACAGUCAAGGUUUAUAUUCUUUGUGGACAUCUGGACAACAGUACUUGACCUCAAAUGGAGAUACAAAAUGACCAUUUUCAUCACAGCCUUCUUGGGGAGUUGGUUUUUCUUUGGUCUGCUGUGGUACACAGUAGCGUACAUUCACAAAGACCUCCCAGAGUUCCAUCCUUCUGCCAAUCACACUCCCUGUGUGGAGAAUAUUAAUGGCUUGACCUCAGCUUUUCUGUUUUCUCUGGAGACUCAAGUGACCAUUGGAUAUGGAUUCAGGUGUGUGACAGAACAGUGUGCCACUGCCAUUUUUCUGCUUAUCUUUCAGUCUAUACUUGGAGUUAUAAUCAAUUCUUUCAUGUGUGGGGCCAUCUUAGCCAAGAUCUCCAGGCCCAAAAAACGUGCCAAGACCAUUACGUUCAGCAAGAACGCAGUGAUCAGCAAACGGGGAGGGAAACUUUGCCUCCUAAUCCGAGUGGCUAAUCUCAGGAAGAGCCUUCUUAUUGGCAGUCACAUUUAUGGAAAGCUUCUGAAGACCACAGUCACUCCUGAAGGAGAGACCAUUAUUUUGGACCAGAUCAAUAUCAACUUUGUAGUUGACACUGGGAAUGAAAAUUUAUUCUUCAUCUCCCCAUUGACAAUUUACCAUGUCAUUGAUCACAACAGCCCUUUCUUCCACAUGGCAGCGGAGACCCUUCUCCAGCAGGACUUCGAAUUAGUGGUGUUUUUAGAUGGCACAGUGGAGUCCACCAGUGCUACCUGCCAAGUCCGGACAUCCUAUGUCCCAGAGGAGGUGCUUUGGGGCUACCGUUUUGCCCCCAUAGUAUCCAAGACAAAAGAAGGGAAAUACAGAGUGGAUUUCCACAACUUUAGCAAGACAGUGGAAGUGGAGACUCCUCACUGUGCCAUGUGCCUUUAUAAUGAGAAAGAUGCUAGAGCCAGGAUGAAGAGAGGCUAUGACAACCCCAACUUCAUCUUGUCAGAAGUCAAUGAAACAGAUGACACCAAAAUGUAACAGUGGCUUUUCAACAGGAGUAAAGCAAAGUCUCUAAAGUUCCUAGUGGCUAGAAGCAUUGUGAAGCAGUCAACAAUUUAGGGGUACGAAAGUAGGAGAGCCUUCAAAAUCUACCAGCACAAAGACCCCUGAGCCCCGCAAUUGUGAUCCCACAAGACAUGCAUCUCUACAAGGCUACUGUAUUAGAACGUGCAAUGCAUUUACAUGAAACUGGCAUAUGGAAGCCAUAGGUGCUCACUUGAAAUAUUAAAUAUGAUUAUUUGAGCUCAUAUAAGGUUGAGGGGGGCAGACAAAAUUAUCAAAAGUUUCAUGAACAGGCCAAACAAAAUAUUUUUUAAAGUUUCCUUAAAGAAGUUAUGAACUUUAGAAAUGAUCAGGGGACAAUAAUAAUCUCAUUUUGAUUCUACUGAUAAGAACGACUCUGCUUUUAAUGUGGACUUUUACUCAUGGAAAAAUUAUCUCCUAAUUUGGGGAGAUGAACCAACCAAUCAAUGACAAUAAGAAAACGCUUACACAAAGAACAAUUUGAGGCUCUAACUUUCUCAUGUGGUACAUUUAGACAGAGGCUAAAUCUACACACUAGAAUCUUGAUGAUACCUUCCGGCAAGACAGCACGCUUUAGUUAAAAGUGAUGAGGAUAUUUCUUUCAAUCUGUAUUGGAUGGCUUAAAGGGCUAUAAAUCUGUUUAUAAAGAGCAUUUCCUGCUCUUCCAAGACAGCCAUGAGGAGUUGGAAGGUGCAAAGGCAGUAGAGAAGGGAAUGUAUCAUUAAUGCACCUGAGAAGAAACAGUUUCAUGUGUUCCUCCACCUAGAGUUUGUACUGAAUGCUAUUUCUAAAGAAGAAGUGGGAAAGAGAGAGGAAUGGGAUGGAGCCCCAAAGUCAGAAUGUUACUAUGUCUUUCUUUCCCUGACAGCUCAUCUUCCUAAAAGGGACCAGCUUAUGGAAGGAUUGACCUUGAGGGGAAGGUUUUACUGUGAAAGUCUUCUUCAGAUCCCCACCUGCAUCGUUUUGAAUGUGUCCUGGAAAAAAAACUGGUACUCAAAGCUGCUUAGGAAUCAAAAUGUUUUCAGUGUGUCGAUUAAUAUAGUAAAUUUCUGAAACUGUGCGUGCACUUUGAUUAUUAUUAUUACUAUGCAUUAACUGAGUCAGGUUCCAGGUGAAAAUCCUUUUGCAGAGAGGACCCUCUCCUGGAAGGGGCGGGAGGAGUGGAGAGGAAGCAGAUAGGACACAUUUAUUGUUUGGAGUCCUCAGGAGGAAAUGACCCUGGCCACAGACACACCCCUUCCGGUACAGCUCCAUCACGCCUCUCCAGUGUGAGUCUUGGCACAUAAAACGGCAGCUGCCCACAGUUGUUGGGAGGGAUGGCUUAUGUUUUUCCAUGCCUGGGUUGUAUUUGUACAGAUCCAUGCACCAUUCUGGUCCUCCUGACUAAGAACAGUGGGGAGUCUGAUGGUUUUAGGGUUGCACACCUCGUCAGUGGCCAUAACAGUGGCCAUAGCUGGCCCAUGUGGAACUCUCACUCUGUGCCUGUGAGUGCUUUGGCACCACAACUUAAUGUGCUGACAGGAAAAAGAAAUCAGGUAUCAUAAGCUUGAGGGAGCUGGAAUUCUCUGCUGGCCCACUGUCAUGAUGUAGCCCCUUCAUAAACUGGAGGGAAACUGUGUUGACACUUGUUCCCCCCAGCAUGCGCUCCUCCUGGUGUAUUCUCCUGCUGGCUGGCAGCAUGCAUGUAGAUGGCUGGAAGUGAGAUGGUCAUAAGCAAUCCAUUCCCCUUGACUGUUUAGGGAGGUGAACAACAUACAUCUUUCCGAUUUGUAUUUACUUCUGGGUUAUUUGGUGGAAGCCCAUCUGCUUCUAAAUAUCCUUUUGCUAGGAUCAAGACACCCUGCACCUGGAGUCUCUUUUUUAAUGGAAAUUCCCAUUGACCCUCUAGCAACCACAGGUUCAUCCAAUUAAGCCCCUAGGAAAUGAGGCCUGGAACAGGUAACUUUUGAUAGGUCUAAGAAGUGGCUGGAACCCCAAAGCGCAUAAAACUCCUGUGCAUUUUAAGAAAGGGGUUAACAAGGGAAUGGGCGCUCAAGUAGUAAAGAGAAAUGAAAAAUAGCCUCAGAAGGCCAAACUACUUGUAGGUUAACACCACUGCUAAAGGCAGCCUUUUUAUUACAAUGCAGUAACAUUUUUCCCAGUGGGAUCUGACUACAUCAGUACUGCUAUUUGCUACAGAUGCAGGGUUAUUCUAUUUGCUGAUUUUAAAAGCAAGUCAACAGUUCUAAUUUCCUUCAUGAAAAACUGCAUCCCAUGAUGCAUUAUUAUAUUCAAAAUUUUCCUUGAGACUGAUUCUCUUUGAAUUGCCCAGUUCAUCUCUGUUGCUAUGGGGAUUUUGACUAAGAGCGUUUAAUCCUGGUUGAAUCUUCCUGGACUUAGGUUGGCUCAAGCUCCAAUAUUUAAGAGUUAAGAUUUGGGAGGUUGUCCUUAAUGGAAAGCACUAAAUGUUUAAAAAUUAUUUAUUCCUUAAGAGAGAAAAUGUAGAAGGGAAAGAUCCUUUCUGUGUUGCCAAAUCUAAGACAUGGGCUGAUCGGUGACUGUCCUUCUGUGUCCCUCACUAAGGGGAUGUGCAACUGGACCUUCCAGAAGGACUCCCUGGGCGGAUUGCAGAGACGGUUGAGGAAGUGUCCUCCUUGGGGAUUUUUCAUGAAACGGAAUAUGGGUCCUCAACAGGAUGCUUCUGUGAAUAGCACGGGGAUCUUUCCCUGUCUAGAACAAACGUUAGGACAGCUUCUGACGGAAAGAAUGCAAAUGAA